AUGCACCCUGGGGUCCCUGCAGCACUGCGGGUCUCCGAGCCCAGCCCCCGAGAGCUGUGUGCUUUUGUGAGUGGGGCAGCAGCCCACAUGCUCCGGACCCUGCAGCCCAGGCGCACCCGGCCACCCAAGAGGAGGCCCAACCACAGGAGGUUCCUGCAUAACCAGAUCUGCAGGCAGUUCGCCAAGAUUGAGGCUGCCACCCAGCGCCUGGCCCUAUCCAUUCUGUCCCAGGAGGCAACUCCCCAGAGACAGCCAGCCAGAAGGCCACCCUUGCCGCCUCCGUCCCCCUUCCUGGGAGUGGCCUGUGCUGUGGCCCCCAUGGAGGCACCCCACACCAGCCCCAACUUGAGCCUUGCUGCCCUAGAAGCCUCCACUCUUGACUUGUUCGAUGACAUUGCACUCACCCCAGACUCUCCCUCAGUGCCAUGUGAGCUCUCCUCACAGCCCCUGAUUGCUGAUAUUCCCCAGCUUGCAUGGGAUUUGUCCUGUCAGGCUCUGGGCCAGGGAGAGCUGAGGCAGCAGGAUUUGAUGCUGCCACAUUCCUCAGAUCCUCUGCCUCUUACCCAGAAUGCCCAAUGGGGAGGGUCUGAGCCUGGACAUCUGGACUGGGGUUGGGUGGACAGGUGGGAAGUGCCUUGUACCUGGCAUUCUCAGGGGAUCUGCCAGGACUGGGGGACCCCAUGAUGCCCAAAUGCAAUGCAGUCCAGGGUCCAGGACAAAGCAGAGGCCUCACCGGAAAGCCCUCUGACCUACCAUCUGCUCCUUUGCUGACA